AUGGGCUCUGUUCAUGCGAUGAGUAGUGCUGAGUUUCCGUUCUUAUCACUACAUCUUUUAAGCCACUCAUUCUCGGGAAUCUUCUUCACACAUCGAUUCGACUUCGGGAACCUCUUGUCGGGAGAACACUCCACCACAAACAGUUGGAUACAAAAAAACGCCGUGUUGGUGUUAAGACGGUGGGCGGAGUGGUUCACCGGGCCACAUGGACUUUAUAUAAUCAGUUUCUUCAUCUUGGGCCUCCUUAUCUACGACGCACUCCGACCACGUCCCUUGGAUGGUAUUCCAACGUCAGGUCGCUACUGUUGGGCUCUUGGCGAUAGUGGUGCGCUCUAUCGCCACAUGAAGAUCAAUAAAACGCGAACAACCUUCUUCACCGAUCAAGCCAACCGUGUCGGCCCCUUGAGCCAAGUAAUGCUUGGACCAGCUGGGAGUUGGUUUGGGAGACUGACAGGUUUGGGCUCUCAUAUCAUUGUCCUCGCCGAUGGGCGGCAGCUCAUUGAAGUAUGUGGCAAGAGGUCGCGAGAGUUUCCUGACCCUGGCUUGACUCUGGACAUCUACAAGGGCAUCAUUCCGAACGGGCAACUAGCUCUGCCAACCGGUCCAGCAUUCAAGCACCAUCGCCGAGCCAUAGCGCAUUCAAUGUCAUCUUCCCACUUAUCACAAGUGACGCCAAAAAUCACCAACUCCGUCAUUGAGCUCAUUCAACUAUGGAAAAAACGAAGCCAAAUUCUCGAUGAAAGUGGGGAAAAGUACUUUAAAGCAGCUCAAGAUCUGAGAUUGAGUACAAUGGAUACCAUCUCAGACAUCAUCUUUGGCAAACCUUUUGGUGUGAUGAGUGCGAGACUUUCUCACCUCGACAAUUCUAAUGGCGCCUUAUCUGCGGAUGCCAGACCUCAGUUUCCAACUCUCGCGCGUGCCUUGAAUGUAAUUAUUGCGCAGGUUGCUGGCUGUUAUCUUGCACCAUCAAAGCCACUUUUUUGGUUUAUUCAGCGACUCUUCAACAGGGAAUGGCGUCAAGCCAAGUCUACGGUCUUUGACUAUUUGAAGAACGAAGUUGAACGAGAACGUGUAACUCUCUUGGAGGAGCAAAGUUUUGGAGGCGUCGAUUCUAAGGACCCAGACAACGUUGACAGUAUACUUUCGUUGCUGGUCAGAGAUGAACAGCUGUCUAAGUUGAGGGGCGAGAAACCGCUCAGCACAGAUGAGAUCACUCAGGAGCUCUUAGUUUAUUGGGUUGCUGGUCAUGGUACAAUGGCCUGCACUUUGGCGUGGGCAGUAAAACUGCUAUCAAACAAUCCAGAGGUCCAAUACAAACUUCGGGAACAACUACUCAACACGCUCCCGAGCUUGAAUGAACGUCCCCCCACCUUCGCCGACUUGAAAGUGUGCAGCUCGGAUCUCGGCUACCUUGAUGCGACUUGCUUUGAGAUCCUUCGAUGCGGAAAAGUGCUAGGGGAGGUGUCGCGAACUAGCCGAGUGGAUACAGUGGUGAUGGGGCAUGUCAUUCCCAAAGAUACUGUCGUAAUGAUGCCCCAUAGUCGCUUAGGCGGUGCGCAGAACUGUGAAUCCGAAUUUCGACCGGAGCGCUGGAUAGAUUGUGAUGGGAAAUUUGAUGCACAACUUCCUGGUCCUCUACAUGUCUUUGGACACGGGCAACGGGGCUGCUUUGGAAAAAAUCUUGCGGUUUUGGAGUUGAAAUUAUAUAUCGCGAUGCUUUGCAUGGAGUUAUUCUUUGAUCGAGUGCCGGACGAAGUUAAUUCUAUGGACGCCGUAGAGCUGGUGGCCAAUCACCCGCAAACCUGCGUUAUCCGCCCGAUACCUUGGGCCAAGAUCAACGACGACUUAUAA